CUUGCUCCUCUUCUCGUUCCAUCCAUUGCCCAGCUUCAUCCUAAAAAAUGUUGCAGAAGUCUCUCGCCAAUCCUCUACUUUCGCCGAUCCCAAUCUGUCUCACGAAGCCUAGAUCGAAGAAUUCAGGGAGUUUGCUCGCUUGUGUUCGAUCUGAGGCGGUAGGUGCUUCGAAGAGGGCCGAGGCGAUGCCCGGUCCGGCGCCAUCGAAGCUGUUCGAAUCGCCGGCGGCGGUGGCCGCAGGGUCGUAUCCGGGCGGAAUGGGACCACACACUGGCCGUGAUCCGACAGUAAAGAAGCCGGAGUGGCUCAGGCAGAGGGCGCCUCAGGGGGAGAAGUACAGGAUGCUGCAGGAGUCGCUCUCAGAGUUGAAGCUGAACACGGUUUGCGUGGAGGCGCAGUGCCCCAACAUUGGAGAGUGUUGGAAUGGAGGGGGAGGAGCUGGUGGGGAAGUCGAUGGUAUUGCAACAGCCACAAUUAUGCUUCUAGGAGAUACAUGCACCCGCGGGUGUAGAUUCUGUGCCGUUAAGACCAGCAGAAACCCAGCGCCACCAGAUCCCAUGGAGCCUGAGAAGACAGCAAGGGCAAUUGCUAAUUGGGGAGUGGACUAUGUUGUUCUUACGAGUGUUGAUCGUGAUGACCUACCUGAUGGUGGAAGUGGCCACUUUGCUGAGACAGUAAAAGCUCUGAAGAAACUCAAACCUGAAAUAUUGGUGGAGUGUUUAACUUCUGAUUUUCGAGGUGAUUUUGAGGCUGUUUCAUUGUUGGUGGAUUCUGGCCUUGAUGUAUUUGCCCACAACAUAGAAACUGUUAGGCGAUUGCAAAGAAUUGUCAGGGAUCUUCGAGCAGGGUAUGAGCAGAGUCUAUCGGUCCUAAAGCAUGCAAAGAUACACAAGGAAGGGAUGGUGACUAAGUCUUCCAUUAUGCUCGGUCUUGGCGAGUCAGAUGAGGAGGUGAAGGAAGCAAUGGCUGAUUUAAGGGCCAUUGAUGUUGAUAUUCUUACAUUGGGCCAAUACUUGCAGCCAACACCGUUACACUUGACAGUCAAAGAGUAUGUGACUCCUGAGAAGUUUGUCUUCUGGAAAGAGUAUGGAGAAUCUAUUGGCUUCCGUUAUGUUGCUAGUGGACCUCUGGUCCGGUCUUCUUACAGAGCGGGAGAGCUCUUUGUUCAGAAUUUGGUGAAAGGUUCUAAGACAUCUGCUGAGAGAAGUGACACAAAAUUGCACGAGAAUAAUGAAUCUCUCCAUCUGUAAUUUUGUGAGGCUUUUCUCUUCUCGCUUGAUUGAGUUCUAGCGUCUUUUCAGUUAUUCAAUCUCUGGUUUUGGUCCAAUAUAAACAUUCCAAGAAUGAAACAGAUGAAAAUACAGCGAGUAAAAGAAGGGAUUGGAAGGGAACAGAGUGUAGAAACAAAUGAGAUGUAUUCGAAUGAUCAACAGAUGUAAUUGUUUGUAGUUUGGAAAAUGCAAAUGUGAUUUUUGACA